UUUUACAUCUCAACAGUAACAUGUGGAGGCGAGAUCUCCAAAAAUGAAGGACUGCUAGUCAGCCCAAACUAUCCUCGCAAAUAUCCCAACGACCAGACAUGCGUUUGGAAGAUAACUGUGGAGGACGGAUUUAUUAUAUCCGUCAGGUUUGACUAUUUUCUUGUAUGUGGCUAUUUUCCUUUCGACUAUCUGGAAUUUCGCAACGGUCUAGACGACACGUCGCCGAUCUUAAACAAAUACUGCGGAGAUAGAAUACCUAGCGUCAUUAACUCUACGACAAAUCACUUAUACGUGAAGUUUGUCAGUGAUUUUGCUCUGAAUACGUAUGGAUUUUCAGCUUCCUUUGCUAAAAGACUUUUUACCUCACUGAUUCUCUUCCUGUGUUAUGUGAUCCUAUGUCAGUAG